UUAAUAGAAGCUGAAACGAUAGACGCUUCUUUCGGGCGUUUUUUUUUUUCCUUUUUCUAUCACCGCGUGGAGGAAAGAGAGGGAAUAAGGUAACUGCUCCCGAAGCCUAAUCUUCCCACCAAUCGCAUCUUUUUUAAUACAUAAUACAACUCAUGCUGAUGAGAGCGCGCUCGUUUUCAGCACCAUGGAGAGCAAUAACCCUUCAACAAGAAAUAAGACGCGCAAUAAAAGAGCAGGCGAUUAAAUAUUCAGCUUCGCUUCAAGACAGUGGAUAUAUCGACACAGCCACUCCAGCCCUCUGUUUUUGUUUGAAAAUUCGAAAAUAACGUUUCCAUCCGAUGAAGGGGAAAGUGAAGCAGUAACUAAUGAUGUUUGGCAAAAGUGUCAACUGUUUCAUCGCACAGCAAAGAUGUUCUUGUUGUAAAGUAAAACAAAUGAAAUGUGUCUUCACUUUGCUGCUGACAGUUGUUUAAUGAAGACAAGCAGCCUCAAUCUGCUCUAACGGUCCACACGCGCGCCGUGCAUGCGCUCACUGGUUAAUAAUGGGACACGGAUCAAACAGGUGACACGACAAGUGUUUUUAUUCCAUCAAAGUGGAAUGACGGCUCGUGCUUGGCGUUUGGUGUGAGGUUAAUUCCUGAUGGGGCGGCGGUUGGACGUAUGUCAGACAUAUGCUCGCCGUGGGCGUGUGUUUGUGUGUGUGUGUCGACGUGUUUUGAAAAACAACAGGCAGAGGGGAGUGGAGCGCGUCAGUGUGUGGCAACGCACGGAAAGGUGAUGGUGAGGGGAGAUGUUAAGUGGCGUCGGCCUCAGCUCUCCAAAGCUGUAGGCUUCGGGUGAGAGAGGCGUGGCUCUCUCUGCCUCCCAGACUGAAAACCACCUGUAUGGAUGAGCGGACCUCCAGCGUGAUCCAGUCGCCCUCGUCCGCCAGGCUCAGGGGCAGCAGCCGGGGUUAUGCCGGGGUGGAGACGGGCGUCAUGACGGUGGAAAACAUGCUGGAGGAGUCCGCCGUGCUCUCGGCGCCUCACCUGACCGUGGAUCGAUAUGAGCGCGGCCGCAAGGGCUGCUGCGAGAGGGUGGUGAUCAACAUUUCGGGUUUACGCUUCGAGACGCAGCUGAAAACUUUCAACCAGUUCCCAGAAACGCUGCUGGGGGACCCCAGGAAAAGGAUGCGCCACUUUGACCCACUCAGGAACGAGUACUUUUUCGACAGGAACAGACCGAGCUUUGAUGCGAUCCUGUACUACUACCAGUCAGGGGGGCGCAUACGGAGACCUGUUAACGUCCCCAUUGAUAUUUUCUCCGAGGAGAUUAAGUUUUAUCAGCUGGGAGAGGAGGCAAUGGAGAAAUUCCGAGAUGAUGAGGGGUUUAUAAAAGAAGAGGAGCGCGUUCUGCCCAAAAAUGAUUUCCAAAAGCAGCUUUGGCUUUUGUUUGAGUAUCCCGAAAGCUCCGGGCCAGCGAGAGGAAUAGCCAUCGUCUCUGUUCUUGUUAUUUUGAUAUCAAUAGUUAUUUUCUGCAUGGAGACUCUCCCGGAGUUUCGGGACGAGAAAGAGCAAACCACAGUGGCACCCACGGUCAAUGGCACUGCUCCCUCGGUGCCAAACCCGUUCACAGACCCUUUCUUUGUUAUAGAGACUCUGUGUAUCAUUUGGUUCUCCUUUGAGUUGUUGGUGAGAUUUUUCGCCUGCCCCAGCAAAACUUCCUUCUCCAAAAACAUCAUGAAUAUCAUUGACAUUGUGGCCAUAGUGCCAUACUUUAUCACUCUGGGCACAGAGCUGGCCGAGAAGCAAAUCAACGGUGGCCAGCAGGCGAUGUCUCUCGCCAUCCUGAGGGUGAUCAGGCUGGUGAGGGUCUUUCGCAUCUUCAAGCUCUCACGACACUCGAAGGGGCUUCAGAUUCUGGGACAGACGCUGAAGGCCAGCAUGAGGGAGCUGGGUUUGCUUAUAUUCUUCCUUUUCAUCGGAGUCAUCCUCUUCUCCAGCGCGGUGUACUUUGCAGAAGCAGACGACCCCUCGUCCAGCUUCACCAGCAUCCCAGACGCGUUUUGGUGGGCAGUUGUCACUAUGACCACAGUUGGAUAUGGGGACAUGCAUCCAGUGACCAUAGGUGGGAAAAUAGUGGGGUCUUUGUGCGCAAUAGCGGGCGUGCUGACCAUUGCCUUACCCGUGCCAGUGAUUGUGUCCAAUUUCAACUACUUCUACCACAGAGAGACUGAUGGGGAUGAGCAGCCACAGUACGCGAACACGGGGAGCUGCGAGCACCUUCCCUCAGGAGAACUGAAGAGGUCCUGCAGCUCCACGUCUCUCAGCAAGUCUGAGUGCAUGGUGAUAGAGGAGGGCAUCAACAGUGCGUUCAAACAGCCCAACUUCACCACCGAGAAUAACCAGAACUGCGUGAACAUCAAAAAGAUCUUCACAGACGUGUAGACGAAUCAUUUGUGGAGCAUGAAGAAAUAGAUGUGUACUAUAAUAUUAUUUUUAUAUAGCCGAUUGCAAUGUGUCAGUCCAUAUCUGUGGAUGAAUGUCUGUUUCAACAAGUAACUUAUAUAACUUAAUUCACCAUUAGUCACUUAUCUGUAGUGUAAAUAUUUUGUAUUAUGAAAAAAAAAACUUUUGCAAUUUCCUGACGAAAUAAGCUGCAUGUUAAAACAGACAUUUCGGAGUCUAUAGUGUCACAUGAUGCCUACAUAUCGAUGUUAUAAUGCGAAAAGUACACGUGUAGCAUAUACUCUAAUGCAUUUAUACCAAACAGUCAUAGUCUUGUGCUUUGUCUUGUAAUGUAUAAGAAUAGACUUUAUGCAUAGCCAACUGUCUGUUUGGGUUAUAUUUAAUAUCAUAACCUGUUGGACUUGUGCAUUUUAUCAUCAUUGAGAGUGGAUGGAAAGACAGACAGCUUAUCAUAAAUUAUGACUCGAUCUUAACGUAAAAUUGUAUUUUUUAUUUAGUGCUUAUAGUCUAUAUAUUAAAUAAAAUGGAGGUUCACUGA